GGACGUGGGUUGAUGUUGAAGUCAAGAUGGCUGUGAACGUCAGGCAGAGGAAAGAGCCUGCAGUAGGAAGGCCGUGAAUGAAGUUUUGAAUAGAAAACCCUUCGUCGCUGCUCGUUGACGCCUAAACCGUCGUGCUGUUGAACCUGUCUGUGGAGGACUUGACACAUUCACAAACAGCAACAGGAUAACAAACAACUGAGGAUAAAGUCUCGUAUGAAUUCCGACGAGAAGGAGGACUGUGAGUGUGCGCCACCACAGGCCGAGACUAGCCCCGCAGGAGGACCAUAUAGAGAUUACGAGGAGCCUGAAAUAGAGAACCCAGAAGCAAGCCGAAUGAAGCGAGCAGCUGCCAAACAUCUAAUAGAGCGCUAUUACCACCAGUUAACGGAGGGCUGUGGGAAUGAGUCGUGCUCCAACUCAUGGUGUGCCUCGUCAGUUGGCUUCAACCGCAUGGAUAACAACGCAGCAGCGGUCAAAGCCUUGGAGCUCUACAAGGUUAAUGCGAAGCUAUGUGACCCCCACCCCUCGAAGAAAGGCACCGCCUCCGCCUACCUGGAGAGCAGUGCUCACAGCAACUCAGCCUGCAGCAACAGGAAGAUGAACCAUAAAGAUGUCCACUCUGUACGGGACAAUUUCAAAGACGUAAAUUACCUGACGGAGGAGAAAGUCUAUGAGAUCUUGGACAUCUGUGGAGAGAAAGAAGAUUACUCACCUCUGAUCAGGGUAAUAGGUCGGGUGUUCUCCAGUGCUGAGGGCCUGGUGCAGAGUUUCCGGAGGUCCAAACCACACACCAAGGAGGAGCUCAAGUCCCUUCAAGGUAAGGACGAGGACAAGGAUGAGGAUGAGAAGGAGGCAGCUGCCUGCUCUGCUACAGCUAUGGAGGAGGAUUCCCCUGCCUCCUCCUCUUCAUCAUCAAGGCUCGGCGAGGGCUCCUCAGGGGAAAAUGAUGUCCAAAAGCUGGCCCCUGAUGAGGUGUCGGUGGACAUAGAAGCAGUGCGGCGGGUCUAUGAGCGCCUGCUGUCCAAUGAAAAGAUAGAAGCCGCCUUCCUGAAUGCACUGGUCUACCUCUCACCCAACGUAGAGUGCGACCUAACGUACCACAAUGUGUAUUCACGAGACCAGAACUACCUGAACCUGUUUGUAAUAGUGAUGGAAAACAGUAACCUCCACAGCCCAGAGUACCUGGAGAUAGCACUCCCACAGUUCUGCAAGGCCAUGAGCAAACUCCCACUGGCAGCUCAGGCCAAGCUCGCACGCCUGUGGUCCCAUUACAGUGCCGAGCAGAUCCGGCGCAUGGUGGAGACCUUCCAGCAGCUCAUUACGUACAAGGUGAUCAGCAACGAGUUCAACAGCCGCAACCUGGUCAACGAUGAUGAUGCAGUGGUGGCGUCCACCAAGUGCUUGAAGAUCGUCUACUAUGCAAACGUGCUGGGUGGCGACCUCGACAUGGAGCACAACGAGGAAGAGGAUGAGGAGCCCAUCCCAGAGUCCAGCGAGCUCACCCUGCAGGAGCUUCUGGGCGAGGAACGGCGGAACAAGAAGGGCCCUCGGGUGGACCCUCUGGAGACGGAGCUGGGGAUCCGAACUAACGAUUGUAGGCGGCCACUCAUUCCCUUUGAGGAGUUUGUCAAUGAGCCUCUGAACGAGGUGCUGGAAAUGGACAAGGACUACACAUUCUUUAAGGUUGAAACUGAAAACAAGUUCUCCUUUAUGACCUGCCCCUUCAUCCUGAAUGCUGUCACCAAGAACCUGGGUCUUUACUACGACAACCGCAUCCGCAUGUACAGUGAGAGGCGUAUUACUGUGCUCUACAGCUUGGUGCAGGGUCAGCAGCUCAACCCCUACCUGAGACUCAAAGUGCGCCGAGACCACAUCAUUGAUGAUGCUCUGGUCAGGCUGGAAAUGAUUGCGAUGGAGAAUCCUGCAGACUUGAAGAAGCAGCUGUAUGUGGAGUUUGAAGGAGAGCAAGGUGUUGAUGAAGGAGGUGUUUCCAAAGAGUUCUUUCAGCUGGUGGUGGAGGAGAUCUUCAACCCAGAUAUUGGCAUGUUCACAUAUGACGAGCGCACCAAACUGUUUUGGUUCAACCCAUCAUCCUUUGAAAAUGAGGGACAGUACACUCUGAUUGGCAUUGUUCUUGGUCUGGCCAUCUAUAACAACUGUAUCCUGGAUGUCCACUUUCCUAUGGUGGUGUACAGGAAGCUGAUGGGCAAGAAAGGAACUUUCAGGGACUUGGCUGAUGCCAACCCGGUUCUGUACCAGAGCCUGACGGAGCUGCUAGACUAUGAGGGCAGCGUCGAAGACGACAUGAUGAUCACUUUCCAGAUUUCCCAGACAGACCUGUUUGGGAACCCACUCAUGUACGAUUUAAGGGAAAAUGGGGACAAGAUUCCAGUCACAAAUGAAAACCGAAAGGAGUUUGUGGCCCAGUAUGCAGAGUACAUGCUGAACAAAAGUGUGGAGAAGCAGUUCAAAGCGUUCAGGAGAGGCUUCCACAUGGUCACCAACGAGUCACCGCUCAAAUAUCUCUUCAGACCAGAGGAAAUUGAGCUCCUGAUCUGUGGAAGCAGAAACCUGGACUUCCUAGCACUUGAAGAGACAACAGAGUAUGAUGGGGGUUACAACAGAGAUUCUCGAAUCAUCAAGGAGUUUUGGGAGACGUUGCACUCGUUUGGUGAGGAGCAGAAGCGUCUCUUUCUGCAGUUCACCACUGGCACUGACAGAGCACCUGUGGGUGGGCUGGGCAAGCUGAAGAUGAUUAUUGCCAAGAAUGGCCCUGACACAGACAGGUUACCGACGUCUCACACUUGCUUUAAUGUGCUGCUGCUGCCUGAAUACAGCAGCAAGGAGAAGCUGAGGGAGAGACUGCUGAAAGCCAUUACCUAUGCCAAAGGGUUUGGCAUGCUCUGAGCCCCUGCUACAAACACACAGCAAACGGACUCCUUCUCAGAAAGCCCAUCAAGCCCUGCCCCGCCCUUUAUCAGACACAAUCUAAAAGGUGACAAAAGACAGACCAGAGUAUGUUUGGAGGAAAUGCAAGUCAAUACUGAAAGAAAAGAAAUGGUUCCAAUAGAGCAUUGUAGUAGUUCUUUUUACUGUGCCUGCAUCAUCCCACAUCAGUCAGUGUAAGCACAGAGACCUCCUGAUCAAAAUAACCACCUCCACAUCCACAUGAUGUGAAUGUGCUGCAGCCUCCCCAUCUUUUUUUUUUUUUUUUUCUAUGUACAGAGAGGAUCAUUUUCCUUAUUAUUUAUUUUAAGGUUAAAAUGGGUUAUUUUUCAUGCCUGCCUGUUGUGAUAGAUUCCCUACUUGGGGAAACGGGAGGGUAAAUAUGAUAUGUAAAUGGGAAUUUGGGAAGACGCAUUAACAUGUCAAUAUAAACCCCAUUUAUUGAACAAAAAUGAGCAGCACUGAACUUCUGUUCACAGACCAUUGACAGAGGAAAUCUAAUCUUAGAGUAGUCUUUACUCCAAAAUAUUACGUUCCCCACAAAGAGCGCUCACUGACCAUUCCACUCACUGUCAGCGGCUAUUGUUUCUACCAAGUCCAUUUUUGAUCAAGGUAAGCAUCUGGAAAGUUACCGCCAUUUGGUCAAAAAAUGGCACGUUAUGAAGUAGCUGUUUUUUCAUUUUUGUUUUUGGGCCUUUUUUUUCCUUUAUGGGGAGGGUGGGGGUGACACCGCAGGUUAGAUUAAAAUCUUGUCAGAGCUGUGUAAGUGCACUUAGACAUUCUCAGAAUGUUUGUUUUUUGGCCACAGGUCGCCAUGAUUGUUUGAAGCAUUUUAUUUCCAUGUCUUCCUGUGUUAACAAUUCUAAAAUAAAAACAGUAUUUAUAUAUCAGUGCGGUUGGAACUACAAUACCGUGUUGUGCACGUUUUGGAGGAUGUACGCAUGUAGACCAGUCACUGGUGAUGUUCUCCAAUGCGGACAUAGAGCUCUUCUUGUGCCAACCUAUACAGGCAGUUGAUAGGUGAAACCCCAGUAAGCACUUUGUGUUGUUGUAUCUGGCUUAGUCUUGUAUCAAUAGACAGCUCCCACUGCAGAGUCUCUGUUCAAUAUAAUCCGAGUUGAUAUGGAACCUCCACAUGUAGUCAAGAUGGCAGCGUGUACUGAUGAAGGAGACCUUUUCAUUGUCACUGUAAAUCUUUAGUCCAUUGGAACGAAGUCUCUGGCUGUGGUUACGCCUGUCUUUUUAAUACAACAUGUAUCGUCUGACCCCACGCCAUGACCUGACAUGUCUAAGUGUUUGAAUAAACAGUGCCACGCCAGAUCUCCUCGUGGGUGGGCUGGCUGUGAUCGGACACUGGGCAAGGAAGGACAAAAGUCUUCCUGCACAAUCUGAACAAGCUGAUUGUUUUUGUCAAAGCUGCAGCCCAGGGUCGAUUAGACCUGAAGCCUCAGAUGCUUAAAAAAAAACAAAAAAAAAAAACCUGAUAUGUUCCUAACAAUCCCUUCUUAUGCCAUUAGACCCACAAUGGAAAACAGUAGGCUUUUAUUUGGUCUGAUCGGUCUGAUUGUUGUUAACAAACAUUGAAGAGAACAGUGACAUUUUGAGAGAUGUGUGUGUUAUCUAUCAUAUCUUCCGUCAAAUGAGAGGAUGAAGUUAAAUUUCAGCGCGAUCGCAUCCAGAGUGUCUCCCAAAGACUGGAAGCAGGCAGAAACAAUCAUCUUUGCUCUGUGCAACAGAUAGUCCACCUUUCAAAAACUCGGUAGCUGUCAUUAUAUCUUAUAGGUUAGAGCAUGUUGAAAGGUGAUGCUGACCCCGUCCCACUGUUUCCAGUCUCCGUUCUAAGAAAAGCUCAACAUGUCUUGAACCUGUGCACCCCUAACAUGGAUAUUAAUCAUCUUCUCUGACUCUGGAGACAGUACUGUGAGGACACGCCACUGUGAUCAGAUUUAUAUUUGGAUCUGUCACACUCAUUGAGAAUAAAAACAGGUGUAACCACUU